AUGGAUCCAAUCGCUUCUACGUCGACCUUUGAAGAUCUGAAACCAGAUAAAGUGACAGAAGUUGAUCGUGCUCAACUGCAGAAACGUUUACAGAUUCUGAAGGUUGAGGAAAAGGGACUUCAGAAGAUUUUAAUCGAAUUGAACAGUCAGGAACGAAAGUUGACAUUGGAGAAGAUGAGACUGGAUGAAAUGACCAAAAGACGAAUCAAAAAAGAGUAA